AUGGCCCCCCGCUCUCCACUGGAAAUCGCGACUGCUUCUGUCCAGCGCCUGGUCAAAGAAGAAGCGUCCUAUCACCGUGAGCUCCAACAACAGACAGAGCGGAUUAAGCGACUGGAAAGCGAGACCGGCGACGACGAAAACAGAGAAUACAUGCUGAAGCAGGAGCGCCUUGCUCUUGAAGAGACGAAGAAUGUUCUUCCUAGUCUGAAGCAGAAGAUCGAGGAGUCGAUAGCGAAGCUUGACAGCCUCCUUGUCGAGGAAGGCCAGAAAGGCUCUGAGAGCAAUGUCGAACAUAUCAAUGCUGCUAAGGAGGCCAUUGCCCAGGCUAGAACGGCCGAGCGUGAGAUCGCUUGA